AAACCUGAACAACAACAGGAGAAACAACUGUUAAUCUCCUCCCACAACAGGUUAAAGACUUGCAGCAGAAACAAUUCAGCCGGUCAUACAUAGUAAAUAACAGCUGCACUGUCAGAACAGAGGGAAUAAGGGUGGAGAAAAGAAGUAGUGCUUCAACAGGGACAUUAAUAAAAAAAAAAACAGCCAUGAGCUACUCUGACUGGAUGUCGAAACUGCCGGCUGAGCUUCACACCACCUCUCUGUUUAAACUGGUCAUUCCAGGAAGCCACGACUCAAUGAGUUACGAUCUGGACGUUCACUCCCGAAUCAUCGAGCCUAAUGCACUGAGGAGAUUUAGCAGGCUUUAUUGCGUGCGUAAAAUAAUACACACAUGGGCAAUCACUCAGGUAAGGCGAGAAUUAAUCACAACAGCAUGGAGAAAGAUGGAAAGGAUGGGGAGGUUGACAUGUCAGUUUCUGUCUCAGGAGGUGAACAUGACUGAGCAGCUAAAUGCAGGAGUUCGCUAUUUUGACCUUAGGAUCGGCCGCAAGCCAAACGACACUGAUCCUACCAGGCUGUAUUUUCACCAUGGGCUGUACACACACACCGACGUGGAGACCAUUCUUCAGGAAAUAAACACGUGGGCGGAGAGUCAUCCUAAAGAAAUCCUCAUCUUGUCUUUAUCCCACUUCGAGGGAUUUGACAAGAAGAUUGCAGCAAAACUUCACAACCACCUGAUCGAGUUCAUCAAAAACCUUUUCAAAGCCAAACUCUUGCCAAAUAUGGUCAAUCCCACUCUCAAACACUGCUGGGAUAACGGCAAAAACGUAAUAGUUUCAUAUGACCAUCCAUCCUACCAUCAGGCUGUGCUAUGGAGAAAAAUAACGUAUUACUAUGGCAACAGUAUGGACCGUGCAAAAAUUACAGCCAAACUAUGUCAGGCUUUGGAAAAGCAGAAGUCUCCCAAUUAUUUCUUCGUCUGUGGCUUGAAUCCAACCCUUCCACACAAUUCUGGCAUCCUCAGAUACAUCCUGCGUGUGUGCGACAGCUUCCCCAACGUCGUGCGAAGGGGUCUGCCAAAAAUGCUACGAUGGGCGAAGCAGCAGCAUGAAAAGACGCCUAUGAACAUCAUCGCCUCAGACGUGGUGACUAGAGCUGACUUUGUUAAAACGGUUGUAGAGCUCAACUUGAAAAAAGGGAAACGACGAUGAAAUCACACUGGAAAAAGUAAUCAAUUCUUAAAUUAAACGUAUUUACCCUUAAUUUAGCAGGUAGGUAAGAUGGUCUGCCACUGGAAUGAGCAUUUUGACCCUUAAAAUAAGAUAAUUAGAUAAUAUGCAAUGGAAUUAAGACAAUGCAAAUGUUUUUUACUUAAUAUUAUAAAUGUAAAUUGUCUUGUUCCAUUGACAAAUUGUCUCCCUUACCGCCUUAA